AUGAUGGGACACUAUUCCUCCCACUGAUACCAAUGAUGGGGCACACUAUUCCUCCCACUGAUACCAAUGAUGGGGCACUAAUUCCUCCCACUGAUACCAAUGAUGGGGCACUAAUCCUCCCACUGAUACCAAUGAUGGGACACUAUUCCUCCUACUAAAACCAUGAUACCAAUGAUGGGACACUAUUCCUCCCACUGAUACCAAUGAUGGGACACUAUUCCUCCCACUGAUACCAAUGAUGGGGCACUAUUCCUCCCACUGAUACUAAUGAUGGGACACUAUUCCUCCCACU